CGCCGCUCCAGCUCCGGCACCGCGCUCCUGCCCACCGCGCGGCCCGCGGCGGGCGGAGUCCGCGAGAGUUUGCCCCGGAGCUCGGGGAAGUUUCCCGCCGAAGCUCCGCUCCCGUGAAAGCAGUCCCUGCCGGCACCCUCCGCUCCCCUAGCCGCUCGCCAGGUUACUUCACGGAACGAGCACUUAAGAGGAAAAGAAAGGAUCGAAACUCUGUGGAAAACCAAACUAUGCGGUCUUCAGAAAUGAGAGAUGCAGCCAUCUGAAAUGGUCAUGAACCCCAAACAAGUCUUCUUCUCAGUGCUGAUGUUUGGAGUAGCAGGGCUACUCCUCGUCAUGUAUUUGCAAGUCUGGAUUGAAGAACAACACACAGGGCGAGUGGAGCAGAAAAGAGAACAAAGAACAGCUUCAGAGACCAGAGAAAAAAUCCAGGACCAUAUCACCAACCAGAACCCCAAGUCCCACAUGUCCGAGGAGCCCAAGAAUAAAGAGGAAAAUCUACUCAACUCUGAGAGGCCUACUAGGGUCUUCACAGAGAACAACCACUCCCAAGGAGAGGCGCAAGUUUUGAGUAGGAUCACAGGGUCACCAACAAUUCAGUUGAUUGAAAAACAUCACGGGACUAAGACCCUUUUCAGGAAGUUCAGCGAAAUGAAUUGGCCAGUGGACAUACGCCCUUUAAACAAAAGCUUAGUCACAGAUAGCAAAUGGAAGAGAAUUGAUGCAACUCAAGAAAAACGCAGGUCUUUCCUUCAGGAAUUUUGCAAGAAGUACGGUGGGGUGAGUCGUCCUCAAUCCCAUCUUUUUCACAUGGUCUCCAGGAUCUAUGUAGAAGAUAAACACAAAAUUUUAUACUGCGAGGUACCAAAGGCUGGCUGUUCCAACUGGAAAAGAAUUCUGAUGGUACUCAACGGAUUGGCCCCCUCCGCGUACAACAUCUCCCAUGAUGCUGUUCAUUACGGGAAGCAUUUGAAAAAGCUCGACAGCUUCGACUUAAAAGGGAUUUAUACUCGUUUAAAUACCUACACCAAAGCUGUGUUUGUUCGUGAUCCCAUGGAAAGAUUAGUGUCUGCAUUUAGGGACAAAUUUGAACACCCCAAUAGUUAUUACCAUCCAGUAUUUGGAAAGGCAAUUAUAAAGAAAUAUCGGCCGAAUGCCUGUGAAGAAGAAUUAAAUAAUGGAUCUGGCGUCAAAUUCAAAGAGUUCAUCCACUAUUUGCUGGACUCCCACCGUCCAGUAGGAAUGGACAUUCACUGGGAAAAGAUCAGCAAACUCUGCUAUCCGUGUUUGAUCCACUAUGAUUUUGUAGGAAAAUUUGAAACUUUGGAAGAAGAUGCCAAUUACUUUUUACAGCUGAUUGGAGCUCCAAAAAAGCUGAAAUUUCCCAACUUUAAGGAUAGGCACUCUUCUGAUAAAAGAACCAAUGCUCAGGUGGUGAGACAGUAUUUAAAGGAUCUGACUAGAACUGAGAGACAAUUAAUCUAUGACUUUUAUUACUUGGAUUAUUUGAUGUUUAAUUAUACAACUCCAUUUUUAUAG